GUAUGUGGUGUCUCAUGCAAUAGAUGGAACCCGCGAUUACAUCGACUGUCAACGGUGGAGAGACAUGCGUCGUGGAGACGGAGGACAUUCUGAAGGGUUUUGCAGAUGACAGCAAGGAAGGGAAUUCGGUUGGAGGGAACAACGCGGACUGUGCAGAGGUGCUUGCGAUAAUAUGUGCACAGACUGCAGAGAUGAUGGGUGAUGGUGAUGAAACAGAGAAUGAUGCAGGAGGGAGCACUUGUGAGACGGAAACGGUUGGGGAAGAGAGAGAGAAGGGAGGUAUGGGAAGCAGGGAAUCUCUGACAGGGUGUAUUGUGAAAGAUGAAAAUGUGGUGAAGACAUCAGCAAGAGAAGAGUACCCAUAUGACAUCAAUUGGGUGUCGGGUCGUGUUCAACCGGGUAUUGUUGGAGGAGCACCCUGCUUUGCAGUAUUAAGGUUGAACGAUGGGGCAACAGCAGAGGUGAAAGGGCGAUAUGCAUUGGACAUGUGGUGUGUUCUGGAGGCGCAGGGCGAGUUAAGGCUGAACGAUUUUUUGUACGACAGUUUUGAUUGUGGACAGGCAUGCGUGAUUGGCGGGAACGACGCAACAGGGAGUACGUCGUGCCACGAGGGCGAUGCGAGGAGGGAUCCUAGGUGGGGUUGGGUGCCAAGUGUGAUCCCGAUUCCAUGUGGCCGUGUGAUGAUGAUGAUGCGUGAUGCCAUGAGAAAUGUCUGGAGCACGCAUUAUGUGAAUGGCAACUUCUCCUUCAAGCACCUCGACAGGGAGGUCUCAGAAGACGAGAAGAAGGCAAUGGCAUGUCCUACCCAUACUGCUGGCUGCUUUUUCCUGCCGCUUCGGAACCCUGUGGAGUCGGGGAUGGUUGAAGGGAAAGUUUUCACUGGUGAGGAUGGCAGCACAUACACGCAUGCAAGAGGGCAGAAAGCCACGUAUGAUGGAGUAUGCUCGCAGAUAUGGGACCAUGUUACAAUGAGGAGUGACGUUCUGUCUGCCAUGGACAUUGGGGCCCGUGUCAUCCUUGAAGGACAGUUGCAGCAGCAUAUGGCCCCUGAAAAGUAUGGCUAUCGUGUCAAUUGGGUCCCAGGAUGUUUGCAUCCUGCAGUGGUUGUUGGCAAGGUGACGAUGGCAGCAAGACUGCAAUCAGGGCAUUGGCUCCCAUUGGGAUGGAUGCAUGCAGGCAUUGUGGAGCAUUGGCAGUUCCUUGUGGUUCUGACACGUGUCUCAAUUUUCAAUGUGAAUGUAAAGGACCACGUGCUAGUCGUUGAAUACGCAAAGCGCUGCUGGGAGAAGAUAAGGGAGGAGGAGCGUCAGAUGGUGUGCGCGGGUUAUGACUCCAUGGUUGACCAGGGGAUGUGGUCCAUGGUUGAGGGGAGUUGACAUUGCUCCGGGUAUGGGCGUGAGGUUUCAGAUGACAACGGUGCGUGCUUUGAUGGAGGCUGCCGAGGCGUACCUGGUCACCAAUUUCGAGAAUACCAACGAGGUGGCCAUCCAUCGAAGAGGGUGACGAUCCAGGACAGGAUGCCGAAGUACUUCAUAGUCGCUGUGGAUAUGAGAUCCACAAUCAUGGCAAACGACGAGGGUUGUGUCAAAGCACGAACACUCUUGCAACGCUUCAGAGAGUCACCACAUGUACGUGUGGACAGCGAUGUGGAAAACAGUGCAUACAGUCUAAAAGGAGUGCUCCAGUGGAUGUGCAGCGAAGAGAUGUGCGAAGAAGGAGACGUGGACAUGAGAAUGCAGCAGACAGGGGGGACAUAUACACCUGCGAACUUGGGCAAGUUGCUGGGUACUGUGGCACGGAAUGGGGGAAUGCUGGUUGAUGGGUCGAAGGACGAGUUGAAGAGUGGUGCUGCAGAAAUCUUGGUGUUGUCCAGAAUGAAGGACAUUACACAAACACCGCCAGAAGACUUUCAAGAUGUUCUUGUCAUUGUUGCAGAUGGUGUGGAAUAUAUUCUGCUGGAUCAACUUCUGGACUUCAUGAAAAAGAGUCCCGACAACAGGAACGUCAUCCAUGAGGCGUUGCACGAAGUCACAGAAUUUGCACUGCAGGGUCAAGAUCUGAUAGAAUUUGUACCAGCAAGAACAGAAGACAACAUCAUAUCUGGCAGACCGUUGUGGGGGGAGUUGUUAUCAGCUGCUUUGGAGCGGCUCGGUCUUGCAAGUUAUGAUGUUGAGAGACAAAGAGAAAGAGAAGAAGGGUGGAAGCUGAUGGCCACGAAAACAAAUUUAGCAAUUAUUUCAGACAACGGACAGACAUCAGCAGCACAAGAAUCAAUAACCAGUAUGGCAGUCGAUGUGCCUCCCAUGCAGACAGGAACGAGAGAGGAGCUAGUGUGUUCCAACAUCUUCAAUGCUUUCACAAUGGAGAAAGAACAGUGUGAUCGUGGAUUUGAAGAGGCCGAUUUGCCAAGUUGUCGUGCAGAGUACACAGACAGUGCAGAAGAAGAAGAUGAGGGCGCAUCAUCUUCUGACGUGGAAGUGAGCGGCAGCAAUGUCAGCAGCGACGAGGAAGACGAGGAACAUGAUGUAUACUAUGAUUUGAAGGCGGCGGGUGGACAAGUGAUAAAAGGGUGGGCACAUGCAAUUCUGAGGUUGGCACGUGCUUUUCCCGAUCCGCACAAAGUGCUGUGUGUUGUGAUGAAGGGGGCAACACCAGAUGGUGCACUACACGCGGAUGUGGAAGCGUGCACGUGGUCUUCUUCGAACGACCGCGAGCUGCAGAAUAGAGGAAGCCGCGGCUAUGGUGGACAAACCGGUGAACUUGCGACCGCAGCUAUGGUGGAAACGAGCGCCGCUUUGACAUGGAAGGACGAGAACGACAACAGCGAUGAAGAAUCGCCAGCGUGGUCGUCGUUGAACCGUCGGGAGCUGCAGAAGAGAGGACGGGGAGGCUAUGACGAAGAAGACGGUGCAUUCGAAACCACGGCUAUGGCGGAAACGAGCAUCCGUCGUCGACAGCUGCAAAGGCAAACGAGGCUGCAGCAGAGCAGCAGCAGCAGCAGCAGUGAAUGCGAGUCGGUCGUCCAAGUUUUAGAUCGGGCACGCGUGCUGACGUGUGGCCAGGAUUUGCUUGCUAAUUUCGAAGAGGCCAAUCGUAUGGAAGUGAUAGACCUGGGUAUCAAUCUGGAUCCGGAUGGCCGGGAAGCGAUAUUCUUUCUGUCGGACGGGCGUCUCUGGAGGCUAAACAUUUCCACGGCGGGCGGCGCGAACGGUGCUCAACGGAGUGCCGCCAGCGAUUCAUCACCCACUCGCUCUCCCCCUCCCACUCCCACUCUCCUCCAUGGCCCUUGGUCGAACGAGAGCGGAGCACUUCGAUCGGUGGCUAUAGUUGAUCGGCAAGUGGACGGCCAGAAGAACACGAGGAGAACGAUUUUCGUUGACGACACAGUAAAUUUUUCCCUUCGUGCGUUCUCGAUCGACGGCUUGGACCCGCCUUUUGAAGGCGUGCUCAAUUACAGUGGCAGGACUGGCAGGGUGCGACUGUUUAGCCUUGCUAGCUACUCCAAAGGCCACCUCUUGUACGGUACCUCGGACUCGGCGAUUUACCGGCUUAAUCUGACGUGGCAAAGCGACAAAGAAGCGAUCCCUGCGGGAGACCAGCAGCAGUCCCAGCAGCUGCCGGAUCUGGAACUCUGGCUGGGAUCCGGUCCGGAAGUGAGUGGCCGAGGCGGCGUGAACUUGACUAGACCGUACCUCGGUACGACUGCCAUCACCUCGGACGGGGAAGUUAUGUAUGUCGCCGAGAAGACAGUGCAUACCGUCAGCCGACUCCUAGUGUCCAGCGGGCUCAUGGAGAAAAUUGCGGGAGUGUAUAAUCAGAGCGGCUAUAUGGAUGGCCCUGCUUUGCGCGCAACGUUCACAGAGCCCAUCGCGUUAGCAUUGGCAUCCGACGAGUGUAAUCUCUUCGUUGGCCAGUUGGGUGGUGGAAUACGGCUCGUCACCUUCAAUGGGACCACCACCAGUGUUCGGACGCUUCUCAGUAUGAGCACGAAUGUGAUGUCCUUGGCUAUUCAUCCCAACAACGAAGCACUCUACGUUGCCUCAACGGGGGGCAUACUGUUGGAACUGGCCUUGAACAAAUGGGUGCUGCCGAUGUGCACUCCCCCUCCACGUGAUUCUGUCCAAGCGAAUUUGCCUCCCCUCUCCUCCUCCUCUGCUCCCUCUCCCUCUUCGUCCACCACCUUUCCCCCCUCCUCCUCCUCCCCCYCCCCCYCCCCCYCCCCCCCCCCMYCUGCCCGCGUCCUUAUCAUAGCGACGGUGCUGUCUCUGGUGCUUGUCGCAGUGGUGGCCGCGGCUGUGAUGGCUUUACGGAGGAGGAGAGCGCACGAUGGUGGCUCGUUGUGCUGUUGCUGGAGGCGGCUGGGGGGUGAACAAGGGGGGGACGACAAGCAGCCUGUGGUAAAGGAAUCGCUCGCAGACGCACUCGAUACCCCGUCUGCGGCGACGGAGGAUGAGGAGGAUGGUGCGUGGGAUUCGUUUUGGAAGCAAAGCAAUACCCUGGGAAAGAGUGCCGCUGAGUCCUCCCGCAGUUUUCCGCGGAAGUUGCGCCCGUCCGGUCUCCAGCGGUUCUCGUACGGACAGCUGGCGAGCGCCUGCGAUGGGUUCCAAUCGAGGAAUCUGAUUGGCAAAGGGGGAUCAGCGGAAGUCUACAAGGGGGUGCUGUCGACGGGGGAAGUGGUGGCGAUCAAACUGAUGAAGGGUGGGGAUUUGUCCAAGGCAAGUCUUCGGCAGUUUCAAGCGGAGCUCGACUUGCUCGGCACCAUCCGCCAUAGCCAUCUCUGCAGUAUUCUCGGCUUCUGCACGGAAGACGAUGUGUCAUUGAUCGUCUAUCCCUUCAUUUCAGGAGGGAGCCUUCACGACCGUCUGCACAAUUUGCCCCCCUCUCUCUUCUCUCCGUCCGCCGGCGAUGGUGGAUGGGAUACGGGCGAUUGGCAGCGGCGGCGGCGGCGGGGGGAUGGGGCUGCAGAUACCAACCCCACUGUCAGCAGCGACGGUACUAUUAGUUGUAGUAGCAGUAGGAGUAUGAGCAGCAGUCUCCUAGCGGGAUCGCGAUCACCACUGAGUUGGAAGCAUCGCUUGUCUGUCGCCCUGCAGGUGGCGAAGGCUCUUCGGUUUCUUCAUGAGGAUCUGGACCCACCUGUUGUCCACAGGGAUGUCAAGAGCAGAAACAUAUUGUUGGAGGGUGGCGGCGGCAGCAGCGGCCCUCUGAGGGCCUAUCUGGCGGACUUUGGACUGGCCAAGCGAGGGCAGAGUGUCUUCGGCAAAAUCCAGGCAGGGGAAACAGUGGAGACCUACCACGUGUCCGGGACCAUCGGGUACAUGGCGCCAGAGUACUUCAGGUAUUGCCGACUCACGGCCAAGAACGACGUUUACGCGUUCGGGGUGGUGUUGCUCGAGCUCAUCACCGGUAGAAAAGCCUUCGCCGCCACGACGGAUGAGGACAGCAACAACAAAGACAACAACAACAACAACAACAAGGAGAAGGAGGAGGAGGUGGGAGAAGUUGGUGGUGAUGCGGAGAAGGGGGGCGAGGAGAAGACGAUGGAGCAGGAUGAGGUGGUGUCGGAGACUCUGGCAUCCUGGGUAAUGGGAAAGCUGGCGACGUUGAACUCCCUGCCCCCGGAAAAGGGAGAAGGGGGCAGCAUUUCACGCAGCCAGAGCUUGAAGAACCUCCAGGCUGUCAGAUGGGUAAUUGAUGAGCGGAUGGUGAAGACAUCCGACGGCGGCGGGAUUGAUUGGCCCACGGCGAGCGGGAUGCUCCAGGUGGCCAUGGCGUGUAUCAGGGAGGCGCCCGAGAAGCGUCCUCGGAUGGUCGAGGUUGCGAACGAGCUUGUUCGAUUGGAGGGAGGGGGGGGGAGAGCAGAAGCAGAAGCAUGGGGGAAUAGACGUCGAGAAUCUAGUAUUCGAGUGCAAAGUCCAGUCUGACACAGCUGUAUGCAACACUCAGGCUCCUGAAGUCAGCGAACCAAGUACGUGGAGGUAGUAGAUAAAUACGCAGUGACUGU